UCGCGAUUACGAUUCAAGUGUAUGCCAGUGUUUCAUUGGGAUAAGUUAGUUUACAAUGCGAAUAUAUUAGUUUCGGUCCAUCGUUGACGCAUGGCAUUGAACUCUUGGUGUAUCAAUGCAGUCUAUUAUUGGCACUAAAACGAGGGGAAUCACGCAGUUUAUUGUCGAACUCGUUACUCGCGUUCCUUUAUAUCGAACGACCCCCGUCAAUUUUGCGAAAGCACCAGCUGACGGAGGAGAAUAUGCAAGGUCUGAUGAUUUUGUCAGAAUGCGAGGAAAUUAAUUCGCCUUUACAUAAACCUAUAGCAGCCACUCAACGUAUUAAGUACACGUGCAUCAAUGUUUCCACAAAUUACAUAGUUCUUGGAUCCACCAGUGGGAGCCUUUAUUUAUUUAUCCGUGAACCAUGUACAUUCCAACAAUUGAUUCCCUUAUCGGAAGGGCCAGUUUCUUGUGUGGUUAUAUCACCAGACGAAAAAACUAUUGCGCUUGCCACAAAACGCGGAAGCGUUUGUUUGAUUGGAAUAAAGCCCACUGUCAAACUUUUGGCUCUAUCGAGUGAGCAUCUUGGUGAAAUGGUGACAAGCCUCUGCUGGAAUAACAAUAGUUCGGAGAUUUAUAUAGGCGAUGGAAUUGGAAAAAUAUCAACUAUGCUUCUCUCCAUUUUUAGCGUAAACGGAAUGUUCCAAGCUCCUUCGUGCGCUUUAAUGCAUCUUGAUUCGACGAUAGUGCAGAUGGAAUUUUCGGGUCAUCACUUGCUCGUUUCAACGAUGACACGAUGUUACAUUUGCGAUACAGCGCAGGAGCAGUUCAAGCAAAUAGGAAACAAAGCACGAGAUGGUGAAUUUGGGGCUUGUUUCUUUUCGGUUAAAUCUGGAGAGAGUGAGACAAAGUUGAAAGUAUCGAAAAAAAGUGAGAAAGACAGAGAGGAAACUGUGAUAAAUACAAUGAUGGAAACGAACGGUGAAUCUGAAGAAAAUAAGGGAACGAAAAUAUAUUGUGCUCGUCCAGGCUGUCGAUUGUGGGAAGUAAUGAAUAAUGGAACGGUGAUAAAAACUCAUCAAUUUAAAGAAGCACUUGCGAUCCCUCCAUCGCCAGUUUAUCGUACGGGCGUAAAUAAAGUUUUGAAAAAUCGUCAAAUUGAACAAAAUUGGAUUCCCCAAUCAACGAGCCCCAACUUCUCGCAUCUUUAUGUUCUCUGCGGCAAAUAUUUACUGACUCACACUUCAGGCUCGAUUUACGUGAUUGAUCCUACAAAUGCAGCAGUAAUACUGUGGAACAAUGAGUAUACAAAUAUUACUACAGCACGUACGAUCGAUGAUAGAAUAUAUUUAAUGCGCGAAAGCGGAUCAUUUCAUUGUUUGAGAUUGGCAACACCCGAAACCCUGAUUCUUAAAUGCUACGAGGAAAAAAAUUACAUCGAAUGUUUGCGCGCUUGCAAGGCUUUGAAGCCCGAAUUUCUAAACAACAGCACAAUUGGUAAAAAAUAUUCGGCACGUUUAUCGAACGAGGAUGGAGAAGGAACGAUUAAUUCAGCCUGCGAACACUACGAAAUUUCGUCGAUCUUGGUACCGAUCAUUUCGUUGAUACAAUCCAAUUUAAACUCCCAACCAAUUAAAUUGAACUCGGGCAUUGUUGUCGUAAAUUCGGGAAAACUUCGUUCUGACGAAAAACAGAAUUUCGAUACAUAUUUGAAGAAAAAUGGUAUCAACGAACGGGACAAUUUUCGAAAGGAUGAAAAAUUCGAGUCUGAUGAAAUCGCUCUCAUGACAACAGAUGAUUUGGAUCCUGUUAUCAGCGAGAAUUUCGUGAAAAAUCAACAACACUCGAAUGAGGCGAAGAAGAACACUGCAAAAGAUACUGAAAAGUGUCUCAAUCUCAUGUCUGCUAUGAAUAUCAAUAUUGAAUCGUCCAACGGACAUGAGGCUUUAUCAAAAGACCUCCUUGAGUCUACUCUCAACGAAACACAUCCUGACGAAAUUGAUGAGACAACUUUAAAAAUACAAACGGAACUGAAUCCCGUUUACGUAUUGAUCAAUAGCUUGAAGCCAGUAAUGAGCGAUAUUGAAAUGGAAGAUAUUAUAAUAAACGUAAGAAAAACUAUGAGUGAAAUAAGAGAGAAUUACGUCAGAGUGGAAAAGCUCAAAGAUUUUCUUUACGAAAUUUUACGUUCGACGCAGAGGCAUUAUUACCAUAUAUUAUUGGACAACAUAACGAUAGAAGUAUUGUAUAAUACUAAAAAUGAGAAUAUCGUGAAUGAAGUAGUCAAGUCAUUCCUCGAUGUUAAUAUUUCGUGCAUGACUGAAUGCACCUGCGGAUUUAUUUAUCCGAACAAAACUCCGCAAGAGCCAAAGUUUUUGGAAAUUGGUAAAACGUUGUUAGAUAAAUUUUUUAACGAUGCUAAACGCGAAGAUUGCAUCAAAUUAUGUAACAACGUUACUUUUAUGUGGCGAUAUUAUUUACCAAUGUCCAUUGUCGAUUUCACGAUCAUAGACGAUAUUCUUUGUAUGUGCCUUUGUACGAGAGACAAUGUCGUUUUGUCAACGAUAUUGCCAAUGCUCGAUGUCAGACAGUGGGAAAUUGCUGUUAGAUGCAUUAGAGACAUGGAAUCAGGAAUUUGUCCUUGCUGUGGGAAAGAGGACGAAAAUUUACGUACUCGGAAUAAAAUGGAAAUCAAUUGGAGCGAAGUCGCCCGAGAACUCAUGAAACGCGAAGGCACUUCGUCGGCCAUGACUUUUCUUGUACUCAUUGAAACCGUUCUGCCAAAUGUCAAACUGGACAAGAGCAUUUUUCAAUCGCUCAUAUUUACUAAAAUUCUGGAUCAUCAUGGACUCGAGCUUUCUGUGAAUUUUGAUAAAAAUACUCCGGGAAAUCAGGAAUACGGAGCCAUGUGUUCUCCAAAGAUCCAGGAACAAUUGCUAGAAUCAAUUGAAAAAGAUUUGGAGAGGCCAGUAGAGAGAAAUAUAUUUGGCGGGGGUCCCCAUCACUGGGGUCGACGAUUUCUCGCGAAAUCAUUGAUCUGUCCAUGUUGUACGCUCUCAUUACAAACGCCUAUUUUGCUAGGAGAUAACGGAAUUUCAUUAUUCCCAUGCGGCCACGUUUACCAUGUCAGUUGUCUCAUUCAAAGAAAACUUUCGAGGUGUAAUCUCCACUAGUAAUUCAUUAAAGAUAUAAAAUUCGAUAAAACUAAAAAAAAUACAGCCACUCGUACAAUAUACCGAAUACAGAAGCGAAUUAAGAGCAUAACAUUCAGCGCAUGGACAGAAGUUAUCCACCGAAUUAAGAAUCUUCACCGACUGAUUUUAUUACCAUUUGUAAAAAUGUUUUCGCCGUUAUUCUUGCUGUUUUAUAGUUGUACAUUGUGAAAUUGAUAGUCACAUUCUAUAGCGUGUCAAGGUACAAAAACAGUUUGUGCCAAAUGAAUUCUCCUCAUUUUGUACUUCUGAUAUUUGAUGAGAAUUCUAACGUACUUUUUCUUCUCUAUCUGUGCCAACAUUUAUGCAGUUCGCUAUAAUUUGUCGAACAAAUAGCGAUUAGAACCGUAGAGUAACGGAAAGUUAAUGGAAUUUCGAAAUACUUUAAUUAGACUACUCUUAUAUUUGAGAAUGUUUUGCACGCAUAUUCUUAUUGAAGUUUAUGAAAAUCGAUAACUGAAGGGUAAUUUUGUUGAUGGUUGGAUGGAAGAAAAUAAGAAUCUCAAUUGUAUGGAUGGUUUGAAGAUCGCAUUAGUAAUGACAAUUUUUUUACAAUGCUUUUUAGAACAAAUAUUAAUAUAGUUUUUUAAUAAUCAAUUUUUAUUUUUUUUACACUGUUUGUACUUGCUGAUAAUAUUUAAUCAAAAUCUUUUUAUUUCAUUCGAUAAAACUGCUCGUUUAAGAGUGACUUCGUACUUUUUACUCGUAUCAUCUUUACGUUAAUUGUUAAAAGACACAGUUCUUGCUCGUAUAGUUGGAAAAAUAACAUUUUAUUUAUUGGAACACCUAAACUUCGUCCUGAAAGACUUUAACUUAUCUGGUUAUGAACUUGUAAAAUAUGGAUUUAUAUAGUAUAGAAUAACGAAUUGGUAAAAAAUGAUACGAAAAUAUUUAGCGCGUCUAUCAUUCGAUGGAAUACCAAAGUCAAAUUUGUUCAUUCAAACUUAUCACGUCAAUAAGAAUAAUAAGGCGCCGAGUAUUAGAACUUGCAAAAUUAUAAACAUAUCCUUGUACGAUUAAAUUUAAUAAAUCGGUCAAAUUUUUCUAACUCUC